AUGCAUACUCGUGCAUCGACCAGAAAGGCCGAAUCUUCAAUGAUUUACUCUCGAAAAUACCAUCCCGAUGCCACGCUCUUGCUUAUUGGAUUCUUCGGGGCGGGAAAGAAGACCCUUGGCAUCAUCGCUUCGGUAGCAUUGCACCGCCGCUUCAUCGAUUUCGAAGCUUUCUUCCGGGAGAAGACCGAUUUGUCGCCGCAGGCCUAUAUCGCAGCGCAUGGAUCGGCUCAGUAUCGCACUGUCGAGGAAGAUCUGACCCGAGAGCUGCUCACAAAAUGCAGCAACGGCUGCGUGAUUGUCGGUCUUGGAGCUUUGGCGAGCAACCAGCAGCAAAUCUUGUUGAAAGAUUUCGCACAGGAGCAUCCCGUGGUCUACGUGAGGAGGGCUGAAUCGGAAUUGCGACGGUACGUGGGUACCGGUACCAGCCAGGACAAGUUCGAACGCGUCUGGCAGGUGGGCAAUACGUUCUUUGAAACCUGUUCCAAUUUCGAGUUUUACAACCAGACUCAUACCGAUAGUCGGGACUUUGAACGUCAGCUUCCUUCAAGUCUGAAGCUCAAAGAGACAGAACGGCUGUUCGUCGAGUUCGUUCGGCGCAUUUACGGACUGUCGCACCGGUCUCCUUUCUCAUCUGAGGUGUCUCCUGAGGUGCACACGUUCGCUUUACAGGUACCACUGGAUUGGUUGGAUUCGUGCGGGAAUUUUGAAAUACUGGAUUCUGGAGCUGAUGCUAUAACCUUGCUCAUCGACAUCGACGUCGACGGCAAGGAUCAGAACCGACUGCAGAGUCAACUAGCAAGACACAUGGCCACUUUGAGACUGCACUCUCGUGUCCCUGUAGUCGUGGAUAUCGGAUUCUCACCUAGAAAAAUAGACACCUAUCGUUUGGUGCUGGAAAUGCUUCUCCGACUUGUUCCAGACGCUGUGACCUGCUCUCUCUCCUGCCCGGAUGAAAUCAUCCAAUGGUUGAAUAGUACAAAGGGAAGCAUCAAAACGAUUGCAACAUGGCAUCAACCGACUCCGUUGGGAAUAGAUGCGUCUCAAGAUGCUCACAUCCCUGUCGAGAAAGCAACCCAAUUUGGGUUUGACUGCAUUCGCAUAACUGGCGAGUCCUUUUCCAUUGAAGACAACCUCGCCUGCGUUGCCUUUCGUCAAAGACUGAUACAGAAAUCAACCAUCCCAGUUAUUGCUUACAACACUGGAAUCUCCGGUCGAGCGUCCAUAUGCCUGAACCCUACUCUGUCACCGGUGGUCCCCACUUCCAUGGACGCCACAGCCGUCACACUCUUAGACGCGCAAAAAGCCCUCACAUCCUGCUACCUGACCACAAAGAUGCGGUUUACCCUGGUCGGCCAAGCACUAGAACAUACUCUGUCCCCCGCAAUGCACGUCGCAGCGUACACAGCCUGCGGGCUUCCACAUAGCUACGAAGCUGUGCAAGCAGCGACGCUCUCCGAAAUACGCAGGCUCCUCGAAGAUGGAAGCCGCAGCGGCGUAGCGAUCUCCAUCCCUUACAAAACAGCCGUCCUACCAAUGUUGGACGAAAUCAGUCCAGAUGCCAGGGACAUCAAUGCCGUCAACACAGUUGUUAUCAAGCGGCGCCGUCAAGAUGGACAAAUGGCCACCACGCGAAAAGGGUAUAAUACUGACUACAUCGGAGUGAGGAAUUGCAUCCACAAGCAUCUUUCCCCAGCAAACGCCAUCCGGGAUGGAACAACAGUUUUAAUUAUUGGGGCGGGCGGCAUGGCACGCGCAGCUAUCUAUGCCUGCUACAAGAUGGGUGUCCGGCAAUUUUGCAUUUACAACCGUACGCUUGAGAACGCUAGCAAGUUGGCAGAGUAUUUCCAUCAUUGGACUCAUCGGUCUGGCACCCACCUUGAGCUUGAAGUCAUUGAGUCGAUAGAAAAGCAGUGGCCUACACGCUUCCGCCAACCGACUAUAGUCAUUUCUUGCCUCCCUGGCCAGCAGGUGGGGAGUGAGGAGAUGGUCGAUGUGCGGAUAUCCGAGCGAUGGCUGCAGAGUACCACUGGAGGAGUAUUCCUCGAGGUUGCGUACGGCCCGUGCAAAACCCCGCUGAUGGAGCAGAUGCUUCCUUUUGCAACGAAAGGAUGGGUGGUGGUGGAUGGACUGAGUCUUCUGGUUGAACAGGGUAUUGCCCAAUAUGAGAUUUUUACUAAACGGCCUGCUCCGGUUCAUGUCAUGCGGAAAGUGAUAUACGAGCUGUCGAAGGAGAAUGGGACCCAGAACAGAAAGAAGACCUCAACUACAUCCGUAUCUAUUCUCAGUGUGCGCAUCACGCAUCAAUAUCAAACCGACAAAAUGACCUACCAACCUGCCAUCAUGAGCGCUUCACUCGGCCGCGCCUGGCUGCACGACCUAUCCUACAAAAUCGACCAAGCCGCCGCAGCAGGCUUCCAAGGUCUAGAAAUUUUCUAUGAGGAUCUCGAGUAUGAAGCACGCAAGCUGUCCGGCACGGAUAACCCAACAACUACCCAUCUCCUUGCAGCAGCAGCGCACAUCCACGGCAUAUGCACCACCCACGGCAUCACCAUCAUCGGCCUCCAACCCUUCCUCUUCUACGAGGGCCUAAAGGACCGGACGCAACACACGCAUCUCCUGGAGAAGAUGAAGCUGUGGCUUCAGCUUGCCAAAAGCCUACACACAGACACCAUACAAAUCCCCGCCAACUUCCUCCCCGCGGAGCAACUCAUCGACGACAGAGAUAUCAUUGCGUCUGAUUUGAGACUAUUGGCCGACCUAGGUGCCGCAGAAACACCUGCCAUCCGAUUCGCAUACGAGCCUCUCUGCUGGAGCACGCAUAUCGACACUAUCGAGAAAGCCUGGGACGUCGUGCGCCGGGUCGACCGUCCCAAUUUUGGGGUUUGCCUGGAUACGUUCAACAUUGCGGGCCGGGUGUGGGGGGAUCCGGUUACGCCGACAGGGCGAACGGAUAAUGCGGAUCAGGAACUACAGAAAACGCUGGAGUGGAUGGUGAAGGAGGUUGACGUGGAAAGGGUGUUUUAUAUACAAGUUGUUGAUGCGGAGCGGAUGCGUACACCACUGGUGGCUGGCCAUCCGUUUUAUGCGGAUGGGCAGCCGGCGAGGAUGAGUUGGUCGCGGAAUGCGAGGACAUUUAUGUAUGAGGAUGAGCGCGGGGGGUAUCUGCCGUGCGAGGAGGUCGCCAGGGCGAUUAUUCAGGGAAUGGGGUAUCAAGGGUUCGUGUCCAUGGAGUUGUUCUCAAGGACGAUGUCGUCGGAGGGAAGCCAUGUUCCUGUUGAGCAUGCGCGGAGGGGGAUCAAGGCUUGGGAGAUGCUGAAGGAGAGAUUGCAGUUGCAGUAG